UGCAGUUGACAUGAUUGAGGAGGUUGAUGUUGUACUCAAAAGACAGCAUGGGAAGCACAAACAUGGUGAAAUUAAACUGUUUGUUUUUGGAGACUCAUAUGUUGAUACUGGGAAUUGGCCAAAAUCUAUGUCUAGUUCUUGGAAACGGCCUUAUGGCUUCACUUAUCCUGGUUAUCCUUCUGGAAGAUUCUCCGACGGCCUCGUACUCACUGAUUUUAUUGCUUCAUUCCUUGGUAUAAAAUCUCCACAACCUUAUGCUAAUAGAAAGAAAAUAUCAUCACAUGAAAUGGAUAAUUAUGGGGUAAAUUUUGCAUAUGGAGGCACAGGUGUAUUCAAUACUUUUGUUGACCAACCAAAUAUGACAACACAAAUAAAUUAUUUUCAACAACUUGUUGAAGAAGAGGAACAAGUGUACAACAAAGAGAAGAUGAGUUCAUCAAUUGCUAUUGUGUCUGUGGCAGGCAAUGAUUAUGCUACUUUCAUCACCAAAAAUAACAACAAUAUGGAGGAUUUGGGCAAUGUUACUAAAUCAAUAUUAAGUCAACUUGAAUUAAACCUUAGACGUAUACAUGGAUUAGGAGUUCAAAAAAUAGGAAUAACAGCAAUGGAACCCAUAGGUUGUUUGCCAAAAAUGACAAUUAGUUCUUCUUAUGAGAAUUGUAGUGAAUAUGCCAAUUCUCUUUCAAUAUUUCACAAUCAAAUGUUACAUCAAAUAAUAGACAAACUCAACAAUCAAACUAGUAGACCAAUUUUCUUCAUUAUUGAUCUCUAUAGUGCCUUCAUGACUGCCUUGAACAUACAACAAAACCAUCCAGGAAAUUCAAACUUUGAGAAUCCAUUGAAACCAUGUUGCAUGGGAAUUUGUGGAGAAAAGAAGAAAUAUGUAUUAUGCAAAAAUCCAGAACUUUCAUUCUUCUGGGAUGUAAUUCAUCCUUCUCAACAAGGCUGGUUUGCUGUUUUUUCUGCUCUAAAACCUUCUCUAAGUUCCUUAUUGUAAACCAUAUAGGGAUGAUUACGUGUUUGAACCAUUCGAUCAUUUAAUUUAAAAAUAUGUAUAAGUUGUGUAUACUUUGUACUCAAUAUACACAUACUAUGUAUACAAUAUACAUAUCUAUACACAACAUAUGCAUUGAUAGUGUACAUGUUAUAUAUUAUAUGUCGAUUACAUUUUGUAAAAAAUAUUGUCCCUUAUUCUUCUUU